GAGGAUUAAAAGCUACUUAUGUUGAUAAGCACUAACAUACAAAAUUAUUAAAUCACUAUAUUGUACACCUAAAACCAAUAUAACACUAUGUUAACUAUACUGGAAUAAAAAUUAAAUAAAAAUAGUAAUUACUGGCAGUUAAGAGUAUCCUUAUAACUUUUUUUUUAAUUACGUUUUUAUUUAUUUAUUUUGCACAAAGCAGGGGAGGGGCAGAGAGGGAGAAAAUCCCAAGCAGACUCCAUACCACCAGCGCAGAACCCCAAGCGAGACUUGAACCCACGAACUGUGAGAUCAUGACCUGAGCCACAGUCAGACACUUCACUGACUCAGCCAUCCAGGUUCCUCAAGAGUAUCCUUAUAACUUCUAAUAAAAUACAGAGCAAUAGAGGAACCAUGAUUGUUUUUCAUGGGAUAUACUAUUCAAAUAUUGUAGUAAUCUAUAAGAUUCCUACUAAACUUUAUUAAGAUUUUACUUAUUCUUUAAGAACAGUUUUAGAUUCACAGCAAAAUUGAGUGGAAAGUACAGAGAUUUCCCGUACACUUUCUGCCCUCCAAUACGCUUGGCUUCCCCCUUUAUCAGCCUUCCCCAACAGAGUGGUUUAUGUGUCAUGUUCCUACAUUGACACAUCAUAAUCACCCAAAGUCCGUAGUUUACAUUAGAGUUCACUCUUAGUGUUGUGCAUUGUAUGGAUUUGAUCAAGUGUGUAAUGACAAAUAUCCAUCAUGAUGGUAUUAUACAGAGUAUCUUUACCACCUUAAAAAUCCUCUGUGCUCUUUGCCUGUUCAUCCCUCCCCAAACCUUAACAACUACUGAUCUUUUUACUGUCCCCAUCAUUUUGCCUUUUUUUGUAUGGUUGGAAUCAUAUGUUAUGUAGUUUUCUGAGAUUUACUAAGCCCUUUUAAAACUGAGAUAUAAUUCACAUACUAUAAAUCCACUCAUUUAAAGUGUGAAGUUCAGUGGCAUUUAGUGUAUUCACACGGUUGUGUAACCAUCACCACAGUAGAAUCCCAGAGCAUUUUGUCUUUCCAAAAAUAAAUCCUAUGUCAUUCUCCUAGCCCCUUGAAGCCACUGAUAUACUUUAUGUCUCUGAAUUUGCCUAUUCUGGACAUUUUAUCUAAAUGGAAUCCUACAAUAUGUGGUCAUUUGUGCCUGAUUACUAAACGUUUAUAAUGAUGGUUUUAACCUUUUCAAAAUAUGUUCAUAUUUAAAAGUAAGUGCUUAACUCCUCUAUGAGGUAGACAGGAACUUUGUGAUAUAAUGGCAUUGUCAGAUUUAUUAUUGACCUCAGUUUACCAUAGGAUGAGGGAAGGAGAUUUAGAGGUGGUAGGGUAGAGAUUUAGAAAAGUACUGUAGAGUUAAAAGAAAAAUAGAACAUGAUGAUAUAUGAAAAAUGAGCCCUAUGGAAUUUCUGGAACCAUGACUGAAUCUGCUUAGGAGUUGGGCAUGAUUUAUGAAUAUGUGGACAUAUGUGUAAUGCACUGAAUAUCAGAGGUGGCGACAGACAAGGUUGCAGAAAAGCUGAGUUCUACUCUCUCAUGGGUGAAGAACACAGUAUCACAUACAGUCAGUCAGAUGGCCAGUCAGGUGGCAAGUCCAUCUGCCUCAUUACACACUACAUCCUCAUCUACCACACUAUCCACGCCAGCCCUUUCACCAUCUUCCCCUUCACAGUUGAGUCCAGACGACUUAGAACUCCUGGCUAAACUGGAGGAACAAAAUAGAUUGUUAGAGACGGAUAGUAAGUCUUUAAGAUCUGUAAAUGGGUCAAGAAGAAACAGUGGCUCCUCCCUUGUAUCAAGUUCAUCAGCCUCUAGCAACCUCAGCCACCUUGAAGAAGAUUCUUGGAUUCUUUGGGGAAGAAUUGUUAAUGAAUGGGAAGAUGUACGCAAAAAGAAGGAAAAGCAAGUUAAGGAGCUUGUUCGUAAAGGGAUACCUCACCAUUUUAGAGCAAUAGUUUGGCAACUUUUAUGCAGUGCACAAAGUAUGCCAAUUAAGGAUCAGUAUUCAGAACUCCUGAAAAUGACCUCACCUUGUGAAAAAUUGAUCCGAAGGGACAUUGCUAGAACUUAUCCUGAACACAAUUUCUUUAAGGAAAAAGACAGCCUUGGACAGGAGGUUUUAUUUAAUGUAAUGAAGGCAUAUUCUUUAGUGGAUCGUGAGGUUGGUUACUGUCAAGGAAGUGCUUUUAUAGUUGGAUUGUUGCUUAUGCAGAUGCCAGAAGAAGAAGCUUUCUGUGUAUUUGUUAAAUUAAUGCAAGAUUAUAGACUUCGUGAACUUUUUAAGCCAAGUAUGGCAGAAUUGGGCCUAUGUAUGUACCAGUUUGAAUGCAUGAUACAGGAGCAUCUUCCAGAGCUCUUUGUACAUUUUCAGUCUCAGAGUUUUCACACCUCAAUGUAUGCAUCAUCCUGGUUUCUGACUAUCUUUCUUACGACUUUUCCAUUACCAAUUGCAACAAGGAUAUUUGAUAUCUUUAUGUCUGAGGGUUUAGAAAUAGUAUUUCGAGUAGGAUUGGCACUUCUUCAAAUGAAUCAGGCAGAACUGAUGCAACUUGACAUGGAAGGGAUGUUACAGCACUUUCAGAAGGUCAUUCCACAUCAGUUUGAUGGUGGCCCAGACAAAUUAAUCCAGGCAGCUUACCAAGUCAAAUAUAACUCAAAAAAAAUGAAAAAGCUUGAAAAGGAAUAUACUACAAUAAAAACUAAAGAAAUGGAAGAGCAAGUUGAAAUUAAAGUAAGCAUCUCAGGACUUUUAAAAAGAUUACGCACAGAAAAUAGACUUUUAAAACAGCGCAUUGAAACAUUAGAAAAAGAAAGUGCUUCCUUGGCAGAUAGAUUGAUACAGGGACAAGUGACAAGAGCCCAGGAGGCUGAGGAAAACUACCUCAUAAAACGGGAGUUGGCCACCAUCAAACAGCAGAGUGAUGAGGCCAGUGCUAAACUGGAGCAAGCUGAAAAUACCAUCAGGAAGCUCCAGCACCAACAACAAUGGCAUAAAUGCAAUUCCAACUACAAUGAAGAUUUCGUGCUGCAACUAGAGAAGGAAUUGGUCCAAGCUCGUCUGAGUGAAGCUGAGUCUCAGUGUGCACUAAAGGAGAUGCAGGAUAAAGUCCUGGAUAUAGAGAAGAGAAACAACUCCUUUCCUGAUGAGAAUAACAUUGCAAGGCUUCAGGAAGAACUCAUUGCUGUGAAACUGAGAGAAGCAGAAGCUAUUAUGGGUUUGAAAGAACUUAGACAACAAGUCAAGGAUUUAGAGGAACACUGGCAGCGCCACUUAGCUCGUACUACUGGGAGGUGGAAAGAUCCACCAAAGAAGAAUGCUGUGAAUGAGUUACAGGAUGAACUGAUGACCAUUCGACUUAGAGAAGCUGAAACUCAGGCAGAAAUAAGAGAAAUAAAACAAAGGAUGAUGGAAAUGGAAACACAGAAUCAGAUCAAUAGUAACCAUCUUCGAAGAGCGGAACAAGAGGUGAUCAGUCUACAUGAGAAGGUGCAGUAUCUUUCUGCACAGAACAAAGGACUACUUACUCAAUUAAGUGAAGCAAAGCGCAAACAAGCAGAGAUUGAAUGCAAGAACAAGGAAGAAGUGAUGGCUGUGAGACUCCGGGAAGCAGAUAGCAUAGCUGCUGUGGCUGAAUUACAGCAGCACAUUGCUGAGCUGGAAAUCCAGAAAGAAGAAGGAAAGCUUCAAGGACAGCUUAACAAGUCUGAUUCUAACCAGUAUAUUAGGGAACUGAAAGAUCAGAUAGCAGAGCUGAAUCAUGAGCUCAGGUGCCUAAAAGGACAGAGGGUCUUCUCAGGCCAGCUUCCUUUUGAUGGAAUCCACAUUGUCAACCAUUUAAUAGGAGAUGAUGAAUCAUUCCAUUCCUCUGAUGAAGAUUUUAUAGAUAAUUCUUUACAGGAGAGUGGUGUUGGUUUUCCUUUGCACAGAAAAUCUGGCCCAACGUCUUUGGACCCCGCUGUGGCAGAUGGUAGUGAAAGCGAAACAGAAGACAGUGUGCUGGAGACCAGAGACAGCAACCAAGUGGCUCGAAAGGAGCAGUCCCCAAGAAAAGAGUCGUACUCAACCACUGUCUGACCAUCACUGUGAACUAGACUGUGGGGUUUUUUAAGGGACCGGUUAUCAUAUGAUUAAGGGUUUUUGGAACAUAUCUGUUUCAUAUGUACAUACGUAUAUACAUACAUACAUACAUACAUACAUACAUACAUACAUAUAUAUAUAUAUUUUACAGUCUGCCUUUUUAUCUUUGCCAAAUCUUCACCACUGACUUACCAUUGCCAUAAAGUAGACUGGAAUAUGGUUAAUGGGAAAAAUAAGAUUCUAACAGUAUUACUGAAUAUUAAUGUUUCUUAUUUAGAAAAUUCAAUUAUGUCUAUAUGUGGGAAGCAUUUUCAAGUUCAGAACAAUGGAAAAUUGGAUUUUCUUCAGACAAAACUGCUUUUGUGCAAUAUUUCACGCUCAUUCAACAAAUUAUUAUGUUUAUCAAUUUGUUUUCAUAGCAGCUGUCUGUAAACAUUUGACCAAGAUAUACAUAUAAUUUAUCUUGUGUUUUUGUGUUGGGGGAAUUUUUUUUUCCAGUUAAAGUUACUGUUUUAGUAGUGGGCCACUGAAAGCUCCCAACCACAAAGGCUUUUUUUCCAUAUAAUUUUACAAACACAAAAUUAUGGUCCUCUGUCUUGAGAGUUUUAAGUUUUGUUUUAAUUUCUAACUUUUAUGUGCAUAUGAUGCUUCCAUGCGUUGCCUACUGGUCAGAGUAGUAGGUUAACUACAAAUAAAUUGUGUUGUCCAUAUUUAUAAAUCUGUAUCACCCAGCACUGAACAUCAUUUUAUAUGGAGAAUGUAUGUGUUGCAAAAUGACUGCCUUCAGCAUUCUAACAGGACUUCUGUAAAUAAUAGGUUAAAAGAAAAUUGAAAAUGAAACCAAACACUAAUAUUUUAAUAGCUUUAGUAUUUUGCUUAGUAUUCUACACUAGCAGAUUCAUAAGUUAACUAAUGCUUGCUUCAAAAACACUAUUGGUGACAUAUUUUACUUCAUGUGUAUAUAACUAAUAAAUUUUUCAUGAUUAAAGAGGUUAUAGCACAUA